UUACCAAGUCCGGGAGCUUUUUCUCACAAACAAGUAACGCCCACCCACUGAACCGGGAAAGUCGCGUCGAACCCAGCAGCGUGUUUCACAUUCAACCGUCUAUUCCAUAACCUUCCAACGCGGAGGAACGCUCAUUACAGAACACAUUGACAGUGACAAAGAGAGAAGUUUCAUGAACAACACUUUCCUUUGUUUAUCACAGGAUUUAAGGAUAUUUACAGACUUCUAGUCUUUUUUUUAACAACGUUUUGGCAAUAUUUAUAAUUUUUUGAGUCAAGAAGCCUAUUUUGAAUUGUGUUCUCUUUAUGGGACCUUUACAUAAAGUGAUUGAAAACGUUUGGACGCGUCAUCUCUGAACGAUCUCAAGAAAGUGCUGAGUGCGCUCACUACAUGCCGACGCUUUAGGUUGAACAGGUGGCGCCAUCUCGGAUUUCCUUUAAGUAUUUACAAUUAUUUGGGACAGGCAGACGGGACUUUACUUCAGAUGCGCCUCACAUACCGGACAGACCCCGUUUAGCGCGACAGAGGAGAGAGCGAGAAACAAAAGCCCAUCUGGUCAAAACAAACAAACCGUUUAUAGUUUGACAGUUAGACGCGGUUAUAACUGCCGCUGACUUCGACAUGGUCGUUGAAAGUCCCCGGUUACACGGGGUUAAAGCCCCGGCCCCUACCCCCAAUAACGAGAACGUUGUCCCGGCUUCCCUAAGCAGUCCUGCCGUGGAUAUCUUGCGGAACUUCUACCACACCAAGCGGGUGGGGAACUACCUGAUCGGGAGGAAACUUGGAGAGGGCUCCUUUGCUAAAGUCCGAGAGGGACUUCAUGCCACGACCGGAGAGAAGGUAGGCUAGUCGACAGUUCUUGAACUUACGUUUUUUCGAUGUUGAAAUGUAAAACACUUGGAAUCUUUUGCCAAGUGACCCAUAUUGCUACAGUUACAAGAUGUAGAUUAUGUAUUGGACAUUUAACUGCAUUUAACUGCUUAAAUUAGGCUACUUAAUUAUAACGGGGUUACAAUAGCCUCCUAUUAAACACGUAACAUGUAAAUAGACACUUCACAUUGAAAAGUGAUGUCAUUGAUAUUUUCUAUCACGUUUUAAACUACUUGCUAAUCGGUACAGCGGUUACACGACGUGGUGACACAUACAGUCAUAUAUAUAUAUACAUAGUCACAUACAUAGUCAUGUUUGCCGGGUCGAUAACGUUACGUUCCCCAGCAAGAACAACAACAGUCACUCAAACAGAAGAGAGAACUAACGAAGAGUCACUGACCAACAACCCAAACAGGUGGGCUUUUAGGAGGGGUUCUGAAAGUUGACUAGAAACAACAACUGGGACAUAAAAGACACCCACCACGUGCGCCCACUACAUUACCCCAAGAAGAGGCAAACAAAAGAAAACCCCGCACCAAACUUAAAGACAGGAAGCAAACCAAAAAGGUGUUGCAAAACGAAAUCAGAUAAAGGAUUGCUUUUCUAGAAAUCAAAAUAGGGCGCUCCGACUCUAAAGGUGUUGACCCUCCACAUCUCUCUCAAGCCAACAGGAGCACUGGGCCAGCCACUCUUAAAUAGCACCUGGGCUAGCACGGGUGAAACACCUUCCCACUAACGAGAUGGACAAGCCAGCACAGGUGGAACACAUAACUGACUAACGAGGUGACACCAAUCGGUGCGCCCUACUUACUAACGAGUUAGUGGAAAUAACCAAAACCUGUAACAAUAACCUAGCGCUUACUUAUUUCACAACUCAUAAUGAUAAUAAUAAUAAUAAUAAUAAUAUAAUGACAAAUGAGGUCUGAUGUACACAUGCAACCCUACUGUAAUAAUGACACAUUCAUUAUGAAUGGACUCCUAUAGUGCCAGGUGGGGAUGGUUAACCAGCACUGUGGGAGGUAACGCACGCACACUCAUACGCACACUCAUACGCACACUCAUACGCACACUCCUGCCCAAAACCCAGCAUGAAUAAGAUCAAUAUUUACUGUAGUGUGUGUGUGUGUGUGUGUGUGUGUGUGUGUGUGUGUGUGUGUAUGUGUGUGUGUGUAUGUGUGUGUGUGUAUGUGUGUAUGUAUGUGUGUGUGUGUAUGUGUGUAUGUGUGUAUGUGUGUGUGUGUGUAUGUGUGUGUAUGUGUGUGUGUGUGUGUGUGUGUGUGUGUGUGUGUGUGUGUUCUGUACCAGGUGUUGUGUUGAGCUGUACUCUCUGUAGAGAUCUCCUGAAACAGACUGAGACUGUCCUGAUCCUCAGCUCGGCUCCAGUGGGUGUGUGUGUGUGUGUGUGUGUGUGGUGUAUGUAUAAUGAAUAGACCAGCCCAUGAGAAAGUGGCGCGGACACUUACAUAUUAAAUUAUGGCUUUGAUAUGUGUGUGUGUGUGUGUGUGUGUGUGUGUGUGUGUCUGUGUGCGUGUGCGUGUGCGCGUGUCUGUGUGUGUGUCUGUGUGCGUGUGUGUCUGUGUGUGUGUGUCUGUGUGCGUGUGUGUCUGUGUGUCUGUGUGUCUGUGUGCGUGUGUGUCUGUGUGCGUGUGUGUCUGUGUGUCUGUGUGUCUGUGUGCGUGUGUGUCUGUGUGCGUGUGCGCGUGUCUGUGUGUGUGUGUCUGUGUGUGUCUGUGUGUGUGUGUCUGUGUGCGUGUGCGUGUGUGUCUGUGUGUGUGUGUGUGUGUGUGUGUGCUACCAUUGGCCACUGGUUGCCUUUGUCUCUCUGGGUUCUCUGGGCUUUUGAGGUGCAGCCAAAUUCAUUAGCAUAUUACAAAAACACGUACCCCUUUUCCUCACUGUGUGAGUGCGCGUUUGUGCAUAUGUGUUUUUCACUAUGUGUGUGUGCGUGUUUUUGUGUGUGACCUGAAAUUCCUAUUUAGAAAAUUAAAGAAAUAGAUCCCCCCCCCCGUACCCCCUUUCACUCUGUUGCUGUGGAGAGAGAGAGAUAGAAUCCUUCUCUCCUCUCUUCCCUCCUUUCCUCCUUCCCUUGUUCCCUUUGUAUGGAUGAUGCAAACACUUGGCAAUCACAGUCAGGGGAGGGGGAGGGAGGGGAGGGAGGAGGAGGGAGGGAAGGGAGAGGAGGAGGGGGAGGGGAGGAAGGAGGCGGAGGGGAGGGGAAGGGAGAGAGGGGGGAGAGCUUCGUUCUCUUUUUUCUUUUCUCUGUUCUUUGCGUCUCUUUCCCGGGGCUCUCUGUGCUUAAACGUUAGGGGUGUUGUUUUUUGUGUUUUUUUUUUUUUUUUUAUGUUUUUCCCUUUUUUUUUUUUUUUCCUUCUGGGUUGGGGUCCCUUUGCCCCUCUAUUCUUUUCCCUAGAGGGAUUGCACAUUUUGCUAAACCUUUUGAAUGUAUGUAAACCCCCUUUCCCCCAUCCCCCUCCCCCGUUCCCCUUCUUGGAGAAUAAACCUCACAUUCCGCCCUGGAGAAACCCCCCCCUCGUCUCCCCCUAGCCGCCUUAUCCCCCCUUACUGAACACACUUCUUCCCCAUACUGAAUCAAGUAUACCAUCACUCUCCAUCUCCCCUCCCCCAGUAUACCCCCCACUCUCCACCCCUCCCCCCCCCCCCCCGUAUACCCCCCCACUCUCCCCUCUCCCCUUCCCCAUUUAAACCCCCCACCCCUCCCAUCUCCCCCCCCCCCAGUAUCCCAAAAAACCCGGGCCCUCGUCUCCCCUCUCCCCUCCCCCCUUUACCCCCAAACUCUCCGAAUCUCCCCUCCCCAGAAAAGGGCCGCCCCCCCCCAAAUUAAUCCUCCAUUCCCCCCAGUAUUAACGGGCCCCCAACUCUCCAAUCUCCCCCUUCCCCCUUCUACACCCCCACUCUCCUCUCCCCUUCCCCCUAAAUACCCCCACUCUCCAUCUCCCCUUCCCCCCCAUUUACACCCCACUCUCCAUCUCCCCCCCAGUUAAACCCCCACUCUCCAUCUCCCCUCCCCCGUAAAACCCCCACUCUCCAUCUCCCCUCCCCCAGUAUACCCCCACUCUCCAUCCCCCCCCCAUUAUACCCCCUCUCCUCUCCCCUCCCCCAUAUACCCCCCCCACUCUCCAUCUCCCCUCCCCCAUUAUACCCCCACUCUCCACCCUCCCCUCCCCCCGUAUACCCCACUCUCCAUCUCCCCUCCCCCAGUAACCCCCACUCUCCAUCUCCUCCCCCAGUAUACCCCCACUCUCCUCCCCCCCCUCCCCCAGUAAAACCCCCACUCUCCUUUUCCCCCCCCCCCAGUACCCCCCCCCCACUCUCCAUCUCCUCUCCCCCAGUAUCCCCCCACUCUCCACCACUCGUCCCUCUCUCCCCCAGUAUACCCCACUCUCCACUCCCCUCCUCCAGUUACCCCCACUCUCCAUUCUUCUUUGUUGUCAUUCAACAAAGGACGACUCGGUUUCAUGCAUUUUUUCAUUGAGAAAUACUGCAAACAUCUUAAUUAAAUGUAAAAUUGCGUGACUAAGAUCUCCUCUAGUGUUAUAGUGUGUUAGGCAUGCUGGAGCCAGCUGCUGUAGUGGCAGAGACCAGGACAGGUUACUAUAUACAGGAUGGCCUCUCUCUCUCUCUCCUCUCUCUCUCUCUCUGUCUCUCUCUGUCUCUGUCUCUGUCUCUGUCUCUGUCUCUCUCUCUCUGUCUCUCCUGGUCCAUUCUCCAUGGGUAUAGUUGUUAAUGAUAUCAUAUCUCACAGAGUGGAGUGGUCAGGCUGCCCUGUGUCUACAGUCUGGGGUCUAGACUCUCUAACUGUAAGUCGCUCUGGACAAGAGCGUCUGCUAAAUGACUAAAAUGUAAAUGAAUCAGUUUAGUAACACCUGGGCUUGGAGCGAAAAGGGUAGCUCUCCAGGAACACAGUUGGGCAACUCUGGUCUAGGGUCUAGACUGAUCUUAUUAUUUUUUCCCUCCCUCCUUCUCUCCUUCUCUCCUUCCUUCCCUCCCUCCUUCCCUCCCUUUCUCCUUCCUUCCUUCCCUCCCUCCCUCCCCUCCCUCCCUCCCUCCCUCCCUCCCUCCCUCCCUCCCCUCCUUCUCUCCCUCCCUCCCUCCCCCUCCCUCCCUCUCGCCUUCCCUUCCUCUCGCCUUCCCGCUUUCCUCCUCUCUCCUUCUCCUCCUUCCGUCCCUCCUCCUUCCCUCCCCUCCUUCCCUUCCCUCCCUCCUCCCGUCCCUCCCUCCUUCCCUCCCGCUCUCCCAGGUUGCAGUAAAGGUGAUAGAUAAGAGGAAGGCGAAGAAGGACUCGUAUGUGACUAAGAACCUCCGUAGAGAGGGUCACAUCCAACAGAUGAUCAGACACCCCAACAUCACCCAGCUGCUGGACAUCCUGGAGACUGAGAACAGGUACUAUACGAUACGAUACUAUACUAUACUAUACUAUACUAUACUAUACUAUACUAUACUAUACUGUAGACUACUGAACAUACUGGAGACUGAGAACAGGUACUAUACUAUACUAUACUAUACUAUACUGUAGACUACUGGACAUACUGGAGACUGAUAACAGGUACUAUACUAUACGAUACGAUACUAUACUAUACUAUACUAUACUACACUAUACUGUAGACUACUGAACAUACUGGAGACUGAGAACAGGUACUAUACUAUACUAUACUAUACUAUACUAUACUGUAUACUACUGGACAUGCUGGAGACUGAAAACAGGCUCAGUUACUACCAGGUGAUGGAGUUGUUACUACCAGGUGAUGGAGUUGUGUCCUGUCAUCUAUCUGUUAUCAUCAGUUACUACCUGGUGAUGGAGUUGUGUCCUGUCAUCUAUCUGUUAUCAUCAGUUACUACCUGGUGAUGGAGUUGUGUCCUGUCAUCUAUCUGUUAUCAUCAGUUACUACCAGGUGAUGGAGUUGUGUCCUGUCAUCUAUCUGUUAUCAUCAGUUACUACCUGGUGAUGGAGUUGUGUCCUGUCAUCUACCUGUUAUCACCAGUUACUACCUGGUGAUGGAGUUGUGUCCUGUCAUCUAUCUGUUAUCAUCAGUUACUACCUGGUGAUGGAGUUGUGUCCUGUCAUCUAUCUGUUAUCAUCAGUUACUAACCUGGUGCUGGAGUUGUGUCCUGUCAUCUACCUGUUUAUCACCAGUUACUACCUGGUGAUGGAGUUGUGUCCUGUCAUCUAUCUGUUAUCAUCAGUUACUACCUGGUGAUGGAGUUGUGUCCUGUCAUCUAUCUGUUAUCAUCAGUUACUACCUGGUGAUGGAGUUGUGUCCUGGAGGAAACCUGAUGAACCGGAUCUACGAUAAGAAGAAGCUGGACGAGAGAGAGACGCAGAAAUAUGUACGUCAGCUGGUGAUGGCUGUGGAACAUCUACACAGGGCCGGAGUGGUGCACAGGUAAGGGGGAGACACACACACACACACACACACACACACACACACACACACACACACACACACACCACACACGUAGAUACACACACACACACACACACACACACACACACAACACGUAGAUACACACACACGUAGAUACACACGUAGAUACGCACACACACACACACACACACACACACACACACACACACACACACACGUAGAUACACACACACACACACACGUAGAUACACACACACACACACACACACACACACGUAGAUACACACACACACACACGGACGCACACAGAUCUAGAUGCACACAGACGUAUACACUCACUCACUCACUCACUCACUCACUCACUCACUCACUCACUCACUCACUCACUCACUCACUCAGAGAUAUCCAUCAAAGUAUCAGCAUAUGAUUAUUUAGCCACUGCCUGUAAAGUUCUGGACCUCUCUGUGUCUCGCAGGGAUCUGAAGAUUGAGAACCUGCUGUUGGAUGAACAGGAACACAUCAAGCUCAUAGGUAACUCCACCCCCCAGCCCCCGUUUACCUAACUCCACCCCCCAGCCCCCCGUUUACCUAACUCCACCCCCCAGCCCCCGUUUACCUAACUCCACCCCCCAGCCCCCGUUUACCUAACUCCACCCCCCAGCCCCCGUUUACCUAACUCCACCCCCCAGCCCCCGUUUACCUAACUCCACCCCCCAGCCCCCCAUUUACCUAACUCCACCCCCAGCCCCCGUUUACCUAACUCCACCCCCAGCCCCCGUUACCUAAACUCCACCCCCCAGCCCCCGUUUAGCCCCCGUUUACCUAACUCCACCCCCCAGCCCCCGUUUACCUAACUGACCACCGUUUACCUAACUGACCACCGUUUACCUAACUGACCACCGUUUACCUAACUGACCCCCGUUUACCUAACUGACCCCCGUUUACCUAACUGACCCCCGUUUACCUAACUGACCCCCGUUUACCUAACUGACCCCCGUUUACCUAACUGACCCCCGUUUACCUAACUGACCACCGUUUACCUAACUGACCCCCGUUUACCUAACUGACCCCCGUUUACCUAACUGACCACCGUUUACCUAACUGACCCCCGUUUACCUAACUGACCCCCGUUUACCUAACUGACCCCCGUUUACCUAACUGACCCCCGUUUACCUAACUGACCCCCGUUUACCUAACUGACCCCGGCUUUGUCUGUGUGUGUUCUUUCAUUUGUAUUUUUUAUCUAAAAAGGUCAAUUCCCACGACAGAAAGAGAUGAAGAUUGAACUAACUCACUAACCAAACAGACUGACUCAGCCAACAGUAGCUAGGGUUAAAGCAGAGCCUUACCUCUUCCAGAGUAGCAGGGUGUUUCAGGGGAACAGAGCGUUACCUCUUCCAGAGUAGCAGGGUGGUUCAGGGGAACAGAGCGUUACCUCUUCCAGUGUAGCAGGGUGUUUCAGGGGAACAGAGCGUUACCUCUUCCAGAGUAGCAGGGUGUUUCAGGGGAACAGAGCGUUACCUCUUCCAGUGUAGCAGGGUGUUUCAGGGGAACAGAGCGUUACCUCUUCCAGAGUAGCAGGGUGUUUCAGGGGAACAGAGCGUUACCUCUUCCAGUGUAGCAGGGUGUUUCAGGGGAACAGAGCGUUACCUCUUCCAGAGUAGCAGGGUGUUUCAGGGGAACAGAGCGUUACCUCUUCCAGUGUAGCAGGGUGUUUCAGGGGAACAGAGCGUUACCUCUUCCAGAGUAGCAGGGUGUUUCAGGGGAACAGAGCGUUACCUCUUCCAGUGUAGCAGGGUGUUUCAGGGGAACAGAGCGUUACCUCUUCCAGAGUAGCAGGGUGUUUCAGGGGAACAGAGCGUUACCUCUUCCAGUGUAGCAGGGUGUUUCAGGGGAACAGAGCGUUACCUCUUCCAGUGUAGCAGGGUGGUUCAGGGGAACAGAGCGUUACCUCUUCCAGAGUAGCAGGGUGUUUCAGGGGAACAGAGCGUUACCUCUUCCAGAGUAGCAGGGUGGUUCAGGGGAACAGAGCGUUACCUCUUCCAGAGUAGCAGGGUGGUUCAGGGGAACAGAGCGUUACCUCUUCCAGAGUAGCAGGGUGUUUCAGGGGAACAGAGCGUUACCUCUUCCAGAGUAGCAGGGGUGUUCAGGGGAACAGAGCGUUACCUCUUCCAGAGUAGCAGGGUGGUUCAGGGGAACAGAGCGUUACCUCUUCCAGAGUAGCAGGGUGUUUCAGGGGAAACAGAGCGUUACCUCUUCCAGAGUAGCAGGGUGGUUCAGGGGAACAGAGCGUUACCCUCUUCCAGAGUAGCAGGGUGUUUCAGGGGAACAGAGCGUUACCUCUUCCAGUGUAGCAGGGUGUUUCAGGGGAACAGAGCGUUACCUCUUCCAGAGUAGCAGGGUGGUUCAGGGGAACAGAGCGUUACCUCUUCCAGAGUAGCAGGGUGUUUCAGGGGAACAGAGCGUUACCUCUUCCAGUGUAGCAGGGUGUUUCAGGGGAACAGAGCGUUACCUCUUCCAGAGUAGCAGGGUGUUUCAGGGGAACAGAGCGUUACCCUCUUCCAGAGUAGCAGGGUGGUUCAGGGGAACAGAGCGUUACCUCUUCCAGAGUAGCAGGGUGGUUCAGGGGAACAGAGCGUUACCUCUUCCAGAGUAGCAGGGUGUUUCAGGGGAACAGAGCGUUACCUCUUCCAGAGUAGCAGGGUGUUUCAGGGAAGUCAUUCUUUAUUAGUCCCAAAUUGGGAAAUUGUUUUGCGACAGUUGAGACAUGACAAUAAACAUAAGGAGGGAGGCAGACUGUUGUAAACACAACCCAUAUUUAUGUUUAUUUAUUUUUCCUUUUGUACUUUAACUAUUUGCACAUUGUUACAACACUGUAUAUAGACAUAAUAUGACAUUUGAAAUGUCUUUAUACUUUUGGAACUUUUGUGAGUGUAAUGUUUCCUGUUAAUAUGUAUAGUUUAUUUCACUUUUGUUUAUUAUCUAUUUCACUUGCUUUGGCAAUACCAGUCAAAAGUUUUAGAACACCUACUCAUUCAAGGGUUUUUCUUUAUUUUUACUAUUUUUUACAUUGUAGAAUAAUAGUGAAGACAUCAAAACAAUGAAAUAGCACAUAUGUUGCAGUCGCAACAACCAUCAAGCGCUAUGAUGAAACUGGCUCUCAUGAGGACCGCCACAGGAAUGGAAGACCCAGAAUUACCUCUGCUGCAGAGGAUAAGUUCAUUAGAGUUACUAGCCUCAGAAAUUGCAGCCCAAAUAAAUGCUUCACAGAGUUCAAGUAACAGACACAUCUCAACAUCACCUGUUCAGAGGGGACUGUGUGAAUCAGGCCUUCAUGGUCGAAUUGCUGCAAAGAAACCACUACUAAAGGACACCAAUAAGAAGAAGAGACUUGCUUGGGCCAAGAAACACGAGCAAUGGACAUUAGACCGGUGGAAAUCUGUCCAAAUUGGAGAUUUUUGGUUCCAACCGCCGUCUCUUUGUGAGACGCGGUGUGGGUGAGCGUAUGAUCUCCGCAUGUGUAGUUCCCACCGUAAAGUAUGGAGGAGGAGGUGUUAUGGUGUGGGGGGUGCUUUGCUGGUGACACUGUCUGUGAUUUCUUUAGAAUUCAAGGCACACUUAACCAGCAUGGCUACCACAGCAUUCAUCCCAUCUGGUUUGGGCUUUUUUUGUUUGUUUUACCUUUAUUUAACUAGGCAAGUCAGUUAAGAACAAAUUCUUAUUUACAAUGACAGCCUACACUGGCCAAACCCAGACGAUGCUGGGCCAAUUGUGCGCCGCCCUAUGGGACUCCCAAUCAGGGCCGGUUAUGAUACAGUCUGGAAUCGAACCAGGGGGUCUGUAGUGACGCCUCAAGCACUGAGAUGCAGGGCCUUAGACCGCUGCGCCACUCGGGAGCCCAGGUGGGACUAUCAUUUGUUUUUCAACAGGACAAUGACCCAACACACCUCCAGGCUGUGUAAGGGCUAUUUGACCAAGAAAGAGAGUGAUGGAGUGCUGCAUCAGAUGACCUGGCCUCCACAAUCCCCUGACCUCAACCCAAUUGGAUUGGUUUGGGAUGAGUUGGACCGCAGAGUGUAGGAAAAGCAGCCAACAAGCGCUCAGCAUAUGUGGGAACUCCUUCAAGACUGUUGGAAAAGCAUUCCAGGUGAAGCUGGUUGAGAGAAUGCCAAGAGUGUGCAAAGCUGUCAUCAAGGCAAAGGGUGGCUAUUUGAAGAAUCUCAAAUAUUAAAUAUAUUUUGAUUUGUUUAAAACUUUUUUGGUUACUAUAUGAUUCCAUAUGUGUUAUUUCAUAGUUUUGAUGUCUUCACUAUUAUUCUAGAAUGUAGAAAAUAGCACAAAUAAAGAAAAACCCUUGAAUGAGUAGGUGUGUCCAAACUUUUGACUGGUACUGUAUGUGUCCCAUGUCAAUCAAGCCCCUUAAAUUGAAUUGAACUGUUGAACCAGGAAGGGUUGUAAAUAACACACAUAUCCACCUCUCUCCCCUCCCUCUCCCCUCUCCUCCCCCCUCUCCCCUCCCCUCUCCUCUCCCCCUCCUCCUUCUCUCCCCUCUAUCCCUCCUUCUCUCCCUCCCUCUCCUGUAGAUUUUGGUCUCAGUAACUGUGCAGGGAUCCUGGGUUAUUCGGACCCGUUCAGUACCCAGUGUGGGAGCCCAGCCUACGCUGCUCCGGAACUACUGUCCCGCAAGAAGUACGGACCCAAGGUGGACGUCUGGUCCAUGUGAGUACACAACCCACACAACCAAAAGGUUUCAUAAACAACAGUUUACAACAUACAGGUUUAAUACACAACAGUUUACAACAUGCAGGUUUCCCAUCCCUGCUGUAUAAGACCUCUGUACAAACUACUAGAUCACUUCUCAACAAGUUGACUAUCAUCGUUAUAGGAUUUAUUUAUGUCUCAUAGACAGUAAUGUCCCUGUGUGUGUUUCCCUGACAGAGGAGUGAACAUGUACGCCAUGCUGACUGGCACCCUUCCCUUCACCGUGGAGCCCUUCAGUCUCAGGGCUCUGCACCAAAAGAUGGUGGACAAGGAUAUGAACCCUCUACCGCCCUCUCUCUCUACAGGUACACACACAGAAACAGUCACACUCACACACACACACACACACACACACACCACUAGAAGUGGAGUCAAAAAGUCAAGACAUUCAUGUUAGGUAAUAGAAUACCAUCAGGUCAUGUACUACAGACACAGACAGUCUGCUUUCUCCUCCUAGACUCACCUACAUAGAGACAGUCUGCUUUCUCACUACAUAGAGACAGUCUGCUUUCUCCUCCUAGACUCCCUACAUAGAGACAGUCUGCUUUCUCCUCCUAGACUCACCUACAUAGAGACAGUCUGCUUUCUCCUCCUAGACUCACCUACAUAGAGACAGUCUGCUUUCUCCUCCUAGACUCACCUACAUAGAGACAGUCUGCUUUCUCCUCCUAGACUCACCUACAUAGAGACAGUCUGCUUUCUCCUCCUAGACUCACCUACAUAGAGACAGUCUGCUUUCUCCUCCUAGACUCACCUACAUAGAGACAGUCUGCUUUCUCCUCCUAGACUCACCUACAUAGAGACAGUCUGCUUUCUCCUCCUAGACUCACCUACAUAGAGACAGUCUGCUUUCUCCUCCUAGACUCACCUACAUAGAGACAGUCUGCUUUCUCCUCCUAGACUCACCUACAUAGAGACAGUCUGCUUUCUCCUCCUAGACUCACCUACAUAGAGAUAACUAGAGGGUGAUACAAAGACAGUCUGCUUUCUCCUCCUAGACUCACCUACAUAGAGAUAACUAGAGGGUGAUACAAAGACAGUCUGCUUUCUCCUCCUAUCUCUCUCUCCCUCUCUCUCUCUCUCUCUCUCUGUCUCUCUCUCUCUGUCUCUCUCUCUGUCUCUCUCUCUGUCUCUCGUCUCUCUGUCUCUCUGUCUCUCUGUCUCUCUGUCUCUCUGUCUCUCUGUCUCUCUCUCUUUCUCUCUGUCAUUCUCUCUCUCAUUCUCUCGCCGUUCUGAAUGGUGGAGAGGAGAAAAGUUGUCUUGGCCAGAUGAAUUAGCCUGUAACUAGCAGAACACUCCCCCGGUUUCAUGUAAGUUAAAGACAGCAUUGGUAUCUUGUUCUAGCCUUAUCUUUAAUAUUAUAUUAGCGCGUUAAAUUGUUCCGUCAGGAAAUAUUCCAGUCUGUUCCUGACGUCUGGUGGCCGUUCCAUAAAUUCCUCGUAAUUUCCUCCGGAGCCGGUCGGCAAAUCAGAUUGAGGCCUGUUG